UUUGAAAGCGAAAUAUAUGGUCUAAAUACCUUGCGAGGCAAUUGGGGAGCGGGCGUAGCAUGCACUCUUGAUUUGAUAAAUGGCUCAAUGUCAGUGCGGACUACACGGAAAACUUUCGACCCUUAUAUCAUCCUCAAGGCUCGAGACAUGAUCAAACUCCUGGCCAGAGGUGUAGCCGUUGGGCAGGCAGUCAAGAUUCUCGACGACGCGGUGGCCUGCGACAUUAUCAAAAUCGGAAAUCUUGUUCGAAACAAGGAGAGAUUUGUCAAAAGAAGGCAAAGGAUUAUAGGGCCAGACGGUAGUACGCUCAAGGCCAUCGAACUUUUGACAGGAUGCUAUGUCCUGGUACAAGGGAAUACUGUGAGCGCCAUGGGCCCGUACAAGUCUCUAAAAGAGGUCCGAAGGAUUGUUCUAGACUGCAUGAGGAAUAUACACCCAAUUUACAGAAUUAAACGGGAGCUAGCCAAAGACCCAAAACUCGCAACCGAGUCGUGGGACCGAUUCUUACCGAAGUUUAGGAAACGGCAUUUGACAAGUGCCGAGAAGAGCGCCAAGAAGAGGGAGGUCGCGGCUGGAAAACUAGAAGCUCGUCGUGCUGCCGCUGGCGAUGAUGAGAACGCAAUGGACUUGGACACUACGGAGCCUUUGAAGAAAAAGAAAAAGGUGUACACGCCCUUCCCGCCUCCCCAAUUGCCUCGCAAG